AUGGCACAACCAGAAGCAAGGGGCACAUCCACAGCCCAAGAUAUCGAGAUGACUGCCCCAACCGACUUGAAAUUGGUCAAGGACACGACCAACGCAGACGAGGCCAUGAAGGCUUUUGAAGAAUUGCAAGGCGAGGCGAUUGAGCUGGACGAAGCUACCAAUCGCCGUCUUGUAAGAACCAUCGACCUUCACAUCAUGCCUAUCAUGUGUCUCGUCUACGCGAUGAACUUCCUCGACAAAACUACCUUGUCGUACGCUAGUAUCAUGGGUCUCAAAGAGGAUCUUCAUCUGAUCGAUGACCAGUACCAGUGGUUGGGCAGUUUGUUCUACUUUGGGUAUCUCGCCUGGGAGUAUCCGACCAACCGCUUGCUGCAACGAUUACCGCUCGGCAAAUAUUCAGCCGCAUGUAUCUUGAUUUGGGGACUCAUCUUGUGUUGCUUCGCAGCCACCAAGGAUUAUUCCGGGGCAAUUGCGAUUCGAUUCUUCCUGGGAGUUUUUGAAGCUGCCGUAACACCUGGAUUUGCUCUUUUGACCUCACAGUGGUAUACCAGGAACGAACAAGGCAAGCGUGUGAACAUCUGGUACAGUUUCAACGGCUGGGGCCAGAUUAUCGGCGGCCUAGUCGCCUACGGCAUCGCCGUCGGCACCAGGAAAAACGGGUCGCUGAUCGCACCCUGGAAAAUCGUCUUCCUAUUCACAGGUCUACUGACCAUCGCGUUGGGACUGGUCUUCCUUUGGGUAGUUCCCGACAGCCAGCUGAACGCUCGCUGGUUGAAAAGGGAAGACCGCAUUCUUGCCAUCGCCCGCGUGCGUGUCAACCAGCAGGGUAUCGGCAACAAGCACUUCAAAUGGUACCAGGCCAAAGAAGCACUUCUCGACCCAAUGACAUGGGCAUUCUUUUUCUUUGCUGUUAUUGCCAAUAUUCCAAAUGGUGGAAUCACCAACUUCUUCAGUCAGCUUAUUAAAAGCUUCGGCUACACCUCCGAGCAGAGUCUGCUCUAUGGCACUCCUGCAGGCGCAGUGGAGGUCAUCGCUCUAGUCUUGAACGGCAUCGUUGGUGACAAGACCGGGCAGCGGAUUCUGACUAGUAUCGGUGGUUUAUUUGCUGCCACUGUAGGCGUGAUCCUGAUGGUCGCACUGCCUCUUGACAAUAAUGUUGGUCGUCUCAUUGGAUAUUAUAUGACACAAGCAUUUCCCACCGCAUUCGUGGCCCUGCUGUCACUGAUUUCUUCCAACGUCGCGGGAUAUACUAAGAAGACAACUGUGGCGGCACUAUACUUGAUUGGAUAUUGUGCGGGUAACAUCAUUGGCCCAUUGACCUUCCGCCCGGAAGAUGCCCCGCGCUAUGUGUCGGCGGAAAUUGUCAUCAUCGUCUGCUGGGGUGUCUGUUUGUUUUUGCUCUUGGUGAUCUGGUGGUGGUACAAUAAGGAGAACCGACGGAAGGCUGAGAUUGUCUCACGGCCUGAUUAUGUUCACGUCGAAGGACAGGAGUGGCUUGAUCUGACAGACCGGGAGAACCACGAAUUUGUCUACACUCUCUAA